GAAGGGGAGCAGCAGAAGCCGGGGGGGGGAGCGAUGCGAGCGGGCAGCCACCAACCCCCCCCCCCCCCAUCCCCAGCCCCCACACACCACCAGCGACCACCACCAGUUUGCAUCCACCUCCAACUGGUGGGAAACCCACCCGGGACGUUACGGAGGAGCCGGAGUGGAGGACACGGGUGGGGUCCCGGCUCCAUGCCCACUCGCCUUGGUCCUUCCUAAAGCGAAACCCACCCCCCCCCACACACACCAACCCUGAGCUCCGCGCUCCGGGGGCGGAUGGAGCGGAGGAGGAGGAGGAGGAGGGGGCUCGUAGAUGUUCCCUGAUGCCGUGGGCUGCCCUGGCUCCUGGAGAUGCAGCUCUCUUCCAGCGCGGCCGAGCUCAGCUGUGACGAGACGAUGGAGCCGCCCUCAGAGGACUUCCAGCAGGUCCUGUCCAUCGACCAGAUCCGCUCCAUCCGUGCCAGCAACAACUACGUGGAGCGCCCGGCUGGCUGCUGCCAGCAGACCCGCUCCAACCCGUCCCUGGCCCAACCCCCUCAGAAACAAGAGUGGUCCCAGGACCGCCUGGCGUCUUCCACCUUCCAGGACCUGCACCUCAGCCACCAGAUGCCACCUUUGCAACAGCACAUGAGCCAUUCCAGCACGGCCAGCUCGGUCUCCCAAAGCACCACCACCUCCGAGCAGCGCCUCCUCAGCAGCCUCACCCCUUCCCACUCCGGGCACUCCCUGGUGCGGACGCAGCCGCGGGCCGGCGAGCCGAAAGCCGAGGAGUCGCCGCUGAAGGGGGCAGCGGAGAAGCCUCCCCCGCACGGCCACCACCACCUCUUCAUCUGCGAGGAGUGCGGGCGCUGCAAGUGCGCUCGCUGCACGGCCGCCCGCAGCCUGCCCUCCUGCUGGCUCUGCAACCAGCGCUGCCUCUGCUCCCCCGAGAGCCUCCUCGACUACGGGACCUGCCUCUGCUGCGUCAAGGGGCUCUUCUACCACUGCUCCACCGACGACGAGGACACCUGCGCCGACGACCCCUGCUCCUGCGGGCCGGGCUCCUGCUGCGCCCGUUGGGCUGCCAUGAGCUUCCUCUCCCUCUUCAUGCCCUGCCUCUGCUGCUACUUUCCUACCUUGGGGUGCCUCAAACUGUGCCAGCGGGGUUAUGACGGUCUCAAGCGACCCGGCUGCCGCUGCCAGAGCCACACCAACACGGUCUGCAGGAAGAUCUCCUCCUCCAGCAGCACGCCUUUCCCCAAGACCCUGGACAAACCGGUAUGACCCUGCCAGGGAGGAUAAGAAGGCUUUACUCCUCCUCUUCCUCCUCCCCCUCUCCAUCCCUCUCCUUCAGCUCUGCAGCACACACACACACCCGCCCCUGCCCACCAUCACCCCAGAAUCACCCAUCUCAUCCCUACUGGGGUCCUCUAACCUCUGGCAACAGCAAGGUGGCAGGGUGACCAGGGCAGCUGGCACCGAGCUGGCAGCAAAUGGUGGUUUUGCACAGGUAGGUGAGGGACCAAGAGUGGCAGAGAGAGCUGGUGAUGCCCUCCGCAGUGGAGAAGGGUGGCUCGGAGGGCACUCAGAGCUCUGCUCUCAGAGGGUUUUAGGAGCUGCCCUUACCCAUGGUGUGGUUCUUCCCAGGGAGGGAAGGAGGCAGGUCAUAGAUUCAUGUAGGAUCAUGGAAUGGUUUGGGUUGGAAGGGACCAUCAAGAUCAUCGAGUUCCAACAUCCCUGCCAUGGGCAGGGACACCUUCCACUAGAGCAGGUUGCUCAAGGUCUCAUCCCAUCUGGCCUUGAACACCUCCAGGGAGGGGGCAUCUAUGACCUCCUUGGGCAACCUGUUCCAGUGUCUCACCAGGUCAACCAGAGUCAACCACACAUCUUUGCAAGGGUCCUCCAGCAGCCAGACCUUCUCCUUGCUCUCUUUAUAUCUCCUCAGCACUUUUCUCCUCUGACUUGGCCAUAGGCCUGCUUUCCCCAAGGGGCUUGGGGUGCUGUGAAGUCCCACUGGUGGCUUCUCUCUGGGCUUGGAAGCAGCUGGGAGAAGCAAAACGAGCUUCCAGAGGAGGUGGCAUCAUAUUUUUUCUGUCUGCAAGAGGAAGGGAAGGUGUGGGAAGCUUCAGAAACCUUCUGGCAGGGGAAGGAGCUGUCGGAGGCAGCCCAGCCCACUCGCUUCUGCCCAACUGCAACGAGGGAAAGGUCCCCUUUGGGACUUGGCUGAGAGAGAGAAGCUGGUUUGCAGUUGCCAUUCAUUUCUUCAGCCUUCAAGGGCUGCCUCCAAGAGCACAACCACCCUGGCCAGGAUGGGAACUGCCAUCCGUCUCCAGCCCACCACCAUGCAGAUGCCACCAGCAGUGACUCUGUGCUUCAGCCCCAAUCUGGCACCUUCCACCAGCACUGAAUUCACUUGAAAGGAGAAACAGCCCAAACCUACCUGCCAACAGCUGCCCCUCCACUGCUCUCCCCAUCUCUCAACACUAAGCCUGGGGCAUUCCCUGCUAGGGACCUCCUGCAGCUCCUGCUUUGGGCUGGAGGGAACCAGAGAGCCAGAAGGAGACGAUGAAAGAUGGAAUUCAACCUUCCCUCCCUGCAGAAGCUGCCUUUGAAUCCUCACCUUGUGUUCCCUGUGGCACCAUGCUGGCACUGCUGAGGGCAUUCAGCAAGCUGGGGAUGGGUCUGAGCCAAGCCCUGGGGCUGGGCCAUCUGCAGACCAGAAGGAGACCUGAAUCAGGGUCAGUCCUGUGUGGCUUCCGUGCUGUGAUGAUAAUAUGCCCAUGCCCAGUCGGUGGGGAGCUCCUCCCGGUGCUGGACUCAGCCCCAUCUCUGCUUACAGUUGUGUGGUACCAGCUAUCAGUGGUGACCCUGCUGGCAUCACUUGGAGCUGGGAUGAUGUCCCAGAGCCCAGCUCUGCCAACCUGUCUUCCUUGGCUCAAAAGGGACACAAACCUUCAACUUGUGGUUCCCUGUGGCAGGGCAGACGAGUCCCAUCCCUGGUGUGACAUUGGUGGCUGGGGCAUGGAGCGGCAGAACAGUUGAGGUUGGAAGAGACUUUCACCUUGCUGUGAUGAUAACAAGUCCAUCUGUAUUUGGUGGGGAGCUCUUUCUGGUGCUGGGCUCAGCCUCAUCUCCACUCACAGAUGCUUGGUGGUGACCCUGCUGAUAUCACUUGGAGUUGGCAUGAUGUCCCAGUGUCCAGCUCUGGCAACCUGUCCUCCUUCUGAGGGGUGUGAGAGCAGAGGGAAGCAAAUGGUUCUCCCUGGACAAAUAUAUGCAACAUGUCCCUUGGCCUGCUCCAUGAACCUGCCAUGUGGGGCUGGUCACCACCUUCCCUCCACCACCUCCUCAGGGAGAGUUCUGUGGAUCUCUUUUUGUAGAUCUAUGGGUAGGCCAAGUAGGUCUCUCUCUGAUCAUCCUCAUGAUAUGGCUGUGAUGGGUGCCAGAUGCAAGGUUUGGCCUCCUGACCCACUGGCACAUGCUGGGAGGUGAUGAUUUCCCAGGUUGUUUAUCCCUCAUCCCAGACCUUUCAUCCCCAGGUAGUUGGGAGAAGGCUUGGAAGUUGUCCUGCUUGACAGAGAAGGUUAGGAUUGAGUUCUGGCUGCAGGGUGAGGCAGGAGGAGACUCUCGUGGUGGGAUUCCUCUUUCUGUAUCUUGCUUUCUCAAAGCUGUGGUUGAUCCAAGCUGCCUCUGUUGCGGGGAGAAGCAGCUCCAGGGAGUGAUUCAUCCUGCUCAAAAACAUCCUCCAUUGACUCAUCUUCUGGCAGUGCCUGGCUUCUGUGGCUCAGGGGGACCCUACCCUUCAACUCAUGCCUCCUGUGGAAGGGGAGAUGAAUCCCAUCCUUGCUGUGAUGUUUUCACCUGGGGCAUGGAGUCACAGCAUAGUUUAGGUUGGAAGAGGCCCCUAGGAUCAUUGAGUCCAACCCUUAACCCAGCACUGCCGGGUCACCACCAAACCAUGUUCCUCAGCACCACAUCUCCACGGCUCUGAAAGCCUUCCAGGGAUGGAGACUCCACAUUGUGGGUAUUACCAAAGUCCUCCUCCUGAUUUCAUCUGGAUCCAAAGGUGGAAGAUGCUUCUGGGCCAAAAAUAGAGCCCCCAGUUCCAUAAGCUGAGAAGAGUUUGGGAUGAUGUUUUGGGUCACAGCGAGGAUCUCCUGGCACUGAGAGAGGAGAAGGCCAUAUCUGUGUGGUUGGUCAGCCCUGGUCUCUGAAACUGCACAACUGUUUUGGGUUAGAAGAGAACUCUGGGACAUUAAGCCCUAACCAUCAACCUAACACCACCAUGACCAUCAAACUAUGUCCCAAAGUGCCAUGUCCACACCAUCAGGGUGGUGUCUCCACAAGACCACGACCUUCUCAGAGGAUGCCCAGUGGAGGGAGGGCUGUGUCCCCGUCAGAUCUGCCUGUGUCCCUCUGGCAGCAGCAACAGAAACCCAACGUUUUAACCCAGAUGCCAAUCAUUUCUUGACUCCUGCUUCCAGUGAUGCUUCCAGCAAGAGGACCCUUCCUUGAUUUGCUCUUCUACUGGUGCUGAUUAAACUCCUUCCUCCUGAAGCAUGUCAAGAUUUUUUUUCCAGGUGGGGAAAAAUUUUCCCCUUUCUGUCAGGGAUUUGAGGGACUCUCUUGAUGGAGGAUGUGAAAUGGUUCAUUGAAGCCCUCUGAAGAAAUCUAUUGAGCAGAACCUUCCAACUUGCUCCACUUUGAUUUGAUUUGAUUUGAUCCUCCCCCUCUCCCUCCCCCCCCUCCUUUUUCCUCCUCCUUUCUCAGCGGCUCCUGCUUGUAAAUUUAGUUACCACCUCGGUAGCUCUGCAAUUCAUUGCUUCCUCUCCUGAUGGUGGAGUGACUCAACAUGUGAAGCUUCAUCAUUCUCAAGUCAUGCAAGCAAUGGGGGAUGACCUCCUCCAGGUGCUGGAACUGUAGGAUGAGGAGAUGGUUGCCCAUGGAUCAUCUCCCUGGAGCCAGUUGUGCUUGCUCAGGAGAAGCCCUGAGCUACUCCUGCAGCUUACUUACCUUCAGUCGUUGGCAGGAGACCAGGACCUCUGCCAGGAGCCUUCUACCUAAUGGGCUUUUUUUCUGGGUCAGUGGAAAAGUCCUGCCUCUUCCAGGGAAUGGUGCCACAGCCUGGGUGAGGAGCCCAGCCAGGUCUCCUGCCUGUCUCACCUACAAGAAAUGGCAAAGCUCAGACACAUUUUAUGAGAUAAAGGACAGUAGAAGGGAGUUGGAGAGGAGGAGAGACCCAGAGGGAGGAGGAGAACCCCAGAUGGGCACCAAGGACUGAAAGACCAGCACAGGGCUUUGGUCUAACUGUGUUAAGGGCCACAAUGCUCAUCAGUAUCUAUAGGGCAGAUAACAAGAGCAUGGGGCCAGACUCUUCUCAGUGGGUGCAAAGUGGAACCCAGGAGGUUCCACCUGAACAGGAGGAGGAAGUUCUUGGGUGUGAGGGUUCUGGAGGCCUGGAGCAGGCUGCCCAGAGAGGUUGUGGAGUCUCCUUCUCUGGAGAGCUUCCAGCCCCAGGUGGUCACUGUGAUGCUGGGCAAGCUGCUGUGGGUGCCCUGCUUUAUCAGGGGGGUUUGGACUGGAUGAGGUCCCUCCCAGCCUCCACCAUGCUGAGAUCCUGAGGUUCUGCAACCAAGCAAAGCCGCAUCCAAGCCAUAUAGUUGCGUGCCUGGAGAAGUCUGUACUCUGAUGGUAGGAACAGGUAGCUUCACAUGGGGUUACUGGUUCCAGCCCCAUUUGGUGUGGCCUCAGCUCCUUGCUUUCAGCAGAAAUUAGCCAGAAACUCUCCAAGGAGGCUCUCUGAGCUCAUCUGGUGUCAAGAUGGCUGCAGGCAGCCUCCCACUGUGGUUUUCUCCUGAGCUGUUCCUCACAUCUUCAGAGCAGACCCAUCUUACUCCCUCCCCUUCUCCAUCUGCUAGAUACUUCGGUUUCCCUGCAAGGACUCCAAGUUUGAUUUGGGAUGUGAGCCCCUUUCCUGCCCCACCCAGCAAUGAGUCAGACCACAUCUGCUCCAGAUGUUUGCCUUCAGCUGCUCAUGCUGGAGGCUUGGGUUUCCCUGUCCUGAUGUGUCCUCUUUGGUUUUCUUCUGGGAGAGUCACACAGUGGCUCCUCUGCUUCCCCUGCACCCCUGUGGUUUGACAAGAAUGAAGCCACUUUCUGAGGGAAGAUUUAUCCAUGUUUGGUGUCUCCCUGUGGGCUCCUUUGCCAGGAGCCACGUGGAGCUGUGGGGCAGAUUUAGGCAGAGACUCCAGGUGCCAAAGGAGCAGGAGGCAGGAGCUGCUGAGCAGGACCUGAGCUCCUCCUGCUCUGCUCCUCAUGCAGGAAUACCCACUUCCCACCCAGGCCUCCAAUCCUCCAUCCACAGGAGAGCUGCUCCUUGCUCUCUCCAAGCUUGGUCUUGCUUCCUUCUUUCCCUGCUGGCAAACGUGUGGUUGGUCCCAGCACCAAUGAGGAAGGGUCUCCAGAGACCAAGGUGGUGUCUUCCUCCCCAGCCAGCUCCACCAGCUCCAUCCUGGUGGAAGAGCAGAAGUGGUCCUUGGGGUGCUGUGCACCCACCCCUGACAAACAUCAGUGCCAGACAAAAACAUCAAAGAACAGCAGGGACUCAGCUCUCCAAUUCCAUACAAUCCCCCUGGGUUGCUGUUGCUCCUCUCCAUGAACCCAAAGCCUGAGGGACAAGUUCCAGUAACUGAUGGUUACAUCAGAUGCCAAAACACGGAGUGACAGCUUGUGGAUGGCUGCUUUGGAGCAAGAAAGAGGGAUGAGAGGUGGAAUGGGAGGAGCUGCUGACAGGCUUGCAGGGCAGGGCUGUAGAGGGCAGGAGACACCACAGCCCAAACCUGCUGCUUCCAGCACCUGCUUGCUCAGUUUAGUCUUUGCUGCUGUCCCUUGGCUGUUUUGAGGCUGGAGCAAGCUUGGAGGUCUUCACAGAGUGGAAGUCCAGUGAGAAGGAUAGCUGAGAGAUGUACCCCCCACCCCGGAGCUUUUCCUUGGCCUCCAGCAGCACCCACUUCAGGCUUGCCUUUACCAAGGAGCCCCCAGAUCUAUAUGGGUGCUUGCAACAGCUGAAGGCUGCUGGUCAGCAUCUGGUCCACAUGGGCCAAACCAGAGCUGUGAUCUCUCUGGGCUUGGUCUGCUUCAGGGUGGUUCUCAGUGGGUGUCAGGAUCUCCUGUGGACUCUUUCUCCCCGAGCACAGGUCGGGAUUGUGUGGGUGAGGUCUGUUAUUCUGCUUGGGGUGAUGCUGCAGAAGAAUCCCUUGAAGGCAUAAGCCGUGGAGGCUGGAAGGGUCCUCUUGGAGGGGCAUUCUGGGCAGGAGGGACAGAUUGGAUGGUUAGGGAGAGGUCACACACCUCUGUGGGGCAGAGGGAACAUUCAGUGCUGGGUGAGGGGAUGCAACAUGAGGUCUCUCGUUGGGUCUCCCUCCUGCUGCACCUCCCCGCAGCACCCCAAAGGGCUUCAGCAUGGGAAGGGUCAAACCCACCCUGAUGAACUGAACUGGGUGUUGGCACAGGAGGUUUCUCACACCCUUGCAUCAUCAGGUGGGAGGUGUGUGGUCAGCCUGGGGCUACCAUGACCAGCUCAGCUGCUCUACCCCACCAGACCCCCUUUCCCCCUUCCCUUUCUCACCCCAUCUCAGCAGUUCCCUCUGCAGCCUUCUACCUUCCCAGAUGUCCUUAGCAGAAAGUUCUCCUGAGAAGAUGGAUCCCCCUUGGCUGCCAAGGAGAGGCUCAUUGCAAGGACUGAAGAUUCUCCACAGAGCUGGUCCAGAGGUGUCCUGUACACUGCAUAAAGAUCUCCUUCCUGGCUGUCUUCCUUUGAGUUCCUUCUUCUGAGCUACACCAAGCUGGUGGUUGGAUUCUGACAAUGCUUUUGUCCACCUCUGAAGGAGAAGGUGGUGGGGGGAGGGAAAGGCAAAACAAGCAAACAAUAAUAAAAAAAACCACCCCAAAACCAAAGUAUUUAUUUGAAAAGUUUAUUUUAGAGAUAAGGAGAAAAAAGAAGAAAAAGCACAACAACAACAACAACAACAACAACAAUAAUAAUAAUAAUAAUUAAUAAUAACCUAUUUAUUUUAAGGCAGCCUCCUCUGUUUGGUUUUCUCCUCUUGCAAAGCUCUCAGCUGCUCCUGAAGAACUGCUGAGGUGACAGAAGGGAUUCCACAGGUGGCUUCAGGAGCCCCACUUAGAGCAACUAAUCAAUAAAAGUAUCUAUGGAUUUUGA